AUGGCCGCCUCAGAAGCACGGCCGGAUCAGCCGAGUCUGCCCUGGCGGAUGACAUCGGCGGCCAUCAUGAGCCUCACCGGCGCCAUUUCCCGAGCCUUUCUGCAUGGCCUCAAUGAUGUCCAGACCGAAGGCCUUCCUCAAUUCCUGGAGGUAUUGGACAAGCGUCGAGCCGAGGUCCCCCAGCGUGGUCUCAUUACCGGUACGGCCACAAGUUCUCACUUCUUUAUGUACCCAUCUCAAACCACAUUAGCGUAUGAUCCUCUGAUAUGGGGUGCGUUACCACUCAAGUACAAUUCAGUACCGUCGAGCGCUCGAUGGGGUCUUGGUGCCCAUGACAUUUGCUUCAAGAAUGGCUUCUUCAAGUCCUUCUUUAGUCUCGGUCAGGUUUUGCCGACAUAUCGCAUGCUUCAUUCGCCAAAUGGUGGUCUCUUUCAGCCGACAAUGGCACAGGCGAUCCGCCUCGUCUCGGGUCCUGGAGCCCUGUUUCCCUUAAAAAUAGCCUUCCGUGCUGGUAACAACGAGGUUUUCGCCUCGCCUGCAUAUUACCGUAACAACCACAACGCGUGGGUUCACGUGUUCCCGGAAGGAUGUGUGCACCAACAUCCCCAGCGGACUCUCCGAUACUUCAAAUGGGGAGUCUCGCGGUUAAUCCUUGAAUCCGACCCGGCGCCUCAGCUCGUCCCUAUCUUCAUUGACGGCUUCUCAGACAUCAUGCCCGAAGACAGACACUGGCCACGAUGGGCUCCGCGCAUUGGUGCCAAGAUCCGUGUCAUCUACGGCGAGGCCCUUGAGGUAGGUGACGCAUUUAAGGAGCAGCGAUCUAGGUGGAAGAGCAUGGUUCAAAAAGAAGAGAAGGCCCUGGGCAAGCGACUGGAUGCCGGCGAAGUACCUGAGUCGCUGAAAGACCACCCUGAGGCCAUCCAGCUACGGAUAGAAGUCGCCAAGACCGUCAGGGACAUGGUGCAGGAAUUGAGACUGCGGGCGGGCUAUCCUCAGGAUGACCCGGCGUUUGCUCUUGCCGAGACGUGGGAGCGCGACCCUAAGAAGAAGCAGUAUAAAAGUCCAGUGGAUGACGGUUUGGUUCACAAGGAAUGA